AUGAACGCAAGUAACAGCGCAGCAAUCAAGCAAGGACACAUCGUUUAAAACUUUUCUAAUUCUUCUCUUAUGAACUCUUCAAGACAUCAGUAAUCUUCGAGUUAAUUUCAAAAUUUGGAUAGCUAGACGUUGACCAAUGCUUUUCAUUCGCCAAACACAUUCGAGAUGAACACCGAAAGAGAGAGCCUUCGAUACAAGACUCUAACUAAUCAGCUGAAGCAUCAAUCGCAAAACAAUCCCAUGACCAGAGCAUUCAACAUGACUCUCCCGCACAAUAACAGCAGCAAUAAAGUGGAGUCUUUGAAAAAUCUGCUUGAACUAGAGAACCCUCACUUUAUCAAUAACAGAAAUAUGCCCACAUUAACUGGAAACAGGUCUCAGGAAUUCGAUUUGAUGAAUUCAGCAUCUCAGAUGAGGAGUAGUCUGCAUUUGGCUCAUCAUCAUAGAAAUGAGUUGAGCCAGGAUAUGUCAAGUGCUUCGAACAGAGGAGUGUUUGGACUUACCUUUAUGAGCAACCCUGGAGGGGGAGUCGGCAAUGGAUCUUAUAACAUGCAGGGAAAUGUAGGAUCUCCUUAGAAUACGCUUGGAGGAUACUUGCCUACAGGGAGUAGUGUAAAGCGCAAUAAAUCUAAGUCAAAGCGCCCACUCAAAACCGCUCAAACUGAGUCCUCCAAUGAAAAUCUACUCAGAUUAAAUAGUUCUCCUAAUCUUAACAUAGAUUUUUACCAGCAGUACCAAAGCAAGUUCUAAGAUCUUAUCUCAACUCUAGAGCAGGAAGAAAAGAAGAGAGAGGAACUGGAGCGUAAGAACAAGGAAAUCAGAGAAAAGCUGUUUAAGAACUCUCAGAUAGUCAUCUAGCAAGCUGAGAGCAAUAUGAAGCUUAACAUAGACUCACACCCUUCUCCUCAUAACCAUUCUUACAUUCAUAAUCACAGUCAGAACAUGACUUCUCACAACAUUCAGCCGCACCUGAGUUCUCCAUCUCAUUAGAACAAUCACAACUCGCAGAUAUAGGGAGGUGGCGGGGAUAUGUCUUCGCAUCAGCCUUUCGCACAGAUGAGCACCUUGUUGAUGCAGGACAGCACUUUGAAUAUGGUAGGAGACUACAAGGACAAACUGAUCAGCAACCUGACGAUUGAGAAUAGAAGACACAGAGAGGAGAUAACUCAACUGCACUUCCAGAAGUUCCAACUGGAAUAGGAUCUUGAAUGUAUGUCCCCCUACUAUUAUUUAAUCUUGUUAAUAGAUUUACAGAACACAAUAUAGCAUCACCUGCCAUUCUUUAACAUGCUGGAGCAGAAGAACCAAGUAUUAGCGGAAGAGCUCAACAUUAAGCAUAGACAUUUAAAGACAGUCGGCAACUCUACAAUCAAGGUGAGACAGCUAGAGGACAAAUAUGUGGUCUUGCAAAAGGAGCUUGAAAAGGAGAAGUAUAGGUUUAGUGAGGAGAAUAAGCAACUCAAGGAAAGACUUGAAGUGCUCAGGAAAAUGAACUUUCAUUUGCAAAAACUUACUAAUCUACACAAGAGGAAAGCUGAUUAAGCUGAUGGUCUGCUCAAAAGAUGCAUAGAUCUGGAAGCAUUGAAUUAGAAAUUGGUUAAUAUAGCCUAUGGUGACAAAAUCCCUCUGAGAGAAUUCAACUAUGCUUCCUUACUCACACCAACCAAUACUCAGCAGUCAAAAGAAAAAGACAUAAAUAAAACACCGAAUAAAGGCACAUAGUCUCAAAAUACCAAUCAGAAGCAGACUCUAUUCAACACCUACAAGAAUAAAGAUAUAGUAAGGCCAAAUAGUGAUAUUCAGACUUCAAAGUAUUUAUUCUCUCGGCCAGUGUCAACGAGUCCUCAGCUUAUGCAACUUCUGGGUCUAAACGACGACCCAACUGGCCAAAAGCAGAAUCAGCUGCCAGCCUAUGCAAUUAAAUACAUGGAGGAAUUCGGACAGGAUCACAACAAGCAAGAGUCCCUAAAAGAAGCUAUUAAGUCAAGUUUCACUUAAAAGGAGUACGAGUACUUGAUAAUGGAGACAGAUCUUCAACGGAAGAGCAGCUUUAAUCAGAGAUAUGCUAGUCUUUAGGCAAGCAGCAACCAUAACAACAGUGCUAUGAAUCAACACAACACAAGUGUCUAGCAGAUAAACAAUACUGCCAACAUUAAUACUAGUCAAAACAACAUUAACAAUCUCAGUCAAAGUAACGGAGCUGCUGGGAAUGGAGCAGGAGGUUUGAACAAUUCAAAGCAUUCGCACAACAACACCUAGAUUAUUGGAGGAAGCCAAGGCCUCCUCACUCAUCAGAUAAGCAACAAGAUCAGCAAUAACUUUAACAAUUAUCUCACGAAUAUUAACAAUGUAAACACCCAAAGCCCUCUGACUAGCAAUUUCAACUCUGCCAGAGAAGUAGCUAAAAACGACAGACAAGCCCAAGGAAAAAGAGCGAGUCUAGGUGGAGCCUCUAACAGUGGCGGGGGAGUCGUAAACUAGAACAUCAUCAGCAACCCUCUUCACAUAAAAGACUUGAAGACCAAAAAGAAGAAGCAUUCGCAUAAGCUCUCUAGCAUUUAGGAUAUGGAAUGA